GUACUCCACAGUCGUGUUUCGCCACUCGCAAAGAAGGUUAUUGUUACAAUGAGACGGGCAUCGGACUGUCGAUAAAGUGUGUUUGUAUGUCGUUUUCGUCGAUAAUAAGUGUUGUGUUUACUUUCUCCCGUGCGAAUGUCUCGAUCCUUACCUUUUUGUUUGUUUUUUCUUUUAAUCAUUGCCGCAUGGGACGGCGCUUACGUUUCAGUUAACCCUUUAUUUUGAAACGAUGGAACGUUGUUCUUAUGGUUUUUACACCAAAAGGUCUGAAAUUUUAGAAAAUAUUCAGAAGAAGAAAGAACAAGAUAAAGAGCCACAGAGCCCUAAUUUCCAGCAACAAAUUACUAAGUCUGCUGAUAAACUACAUGCUCAAGAUCAAAAUGUCAAUACACCUGUAACUCAGCAUGUCCCAACUCAACAGCUUUUAUCCCCUACUCAUGGUUCAGCCCAAACUGUACAAACAAAGGAUGAUCAUAAAGACAAGACAAUAAAAGUUGCUAACUCGACUACAAUAACUUUAAUUGAGAACGCUAAUGUUAAUGGUGAUAAGGAUAAGGAUAAUUUCCCCAAAAACUAUUUUACAUUAGAGUCUAAAAAUGAUAAGAAAGAUGAUACCAAUAAAAAUAGUAUUACUAUAACUAGAACUGUGCCAAAGCAAUCACCAGGGAAUGGUCAGUCUGAUAAGAGUAAAGUAUCUUCAAAACCUGUGAAAAGGCCAUUGCAGUGUUUGGAAACACUAGCAGAAAAAGCAGGAAUAACUUUUGAAGACAAAUACGAAGCAGCAAAUACAUUAAUAGCUUUAGAUAAACAAAAUAGUUACAGAAGGGCUCCUGAGUUAAAGCAACCUAAAUCUGAGCCAGAAAAUCACAGUCAAGCCGAAGAAUACAGGUACAGGAACCAAAAAGAAGAGGAUGAUAAACUACAGAUUCAACAACAAAUAAUACAGCAGCAGCAGCAACAGCAACUGCAGCAGUUUCAGCAGUUGCAGCAACAACAGUUGCAGCAGCAGCAGCUGCAACAGUUGCAACAACAAGCAUUGCAGCGUCAACAACACCAGCAGGCUUUGCAGCAACACAUCAAAAACCAACAAGAUCAACAAGAUUUAUUACAGAAGCAGUUCCAACAGCAGCAACAACAACAACAACAGCAACAACAACAGCAGCAACAGCAGCAGCAGCAGCAGCAACAGCAACAGCAACAGCAACAACAGCAAACUGAGCUCCAGUCUGUGUCUCAGCAGCCAGAGUUACAACAACAAAAAUUUUUGCAGCCUGUGCAUACGCAACAGUUCAACGUCCCAGGCAUUGGAGAGAUCAACCUAAGUUUUCUGGCGUCUCCUCCGACCAACUUACUUUUCGACAAGAAUAAGGGCGGCAUGAGUGGCGAGAUUAAACCACAACAAAUAGUGGACGGACAAACACAAGUGGUACAACAACAGAUGAGUAUGGCGCAGCACGAGCCUGGUCAGCAGCAUCACCAAACAGUCACCGUCGUGUCAUCUAUGCCGAGUAGCAUGGCACAGCACCAGGUACAACAACAACAGCCGACCGCUGCCGGCAUCCAGCAGCAAGCAGGCGCUGGCAUUUCCACCAUGCCACCAUUGCAAAGUCUACCACCGACCGCUCAACACCCACAACAAAUUAGUACGGAAUGGGGCCACAGUCGAGUCCAAGUGAUCCAGCAGCCGUUACAAAACAACACAUACCUGCAACAGCUUUACAAUGCUCAAGGUCCGCUUCUGAUGCCGCUUCAUCCUGGGAUCAACUCACAACAAAUACAGGUUAUCGCUGCCGGCAAACCAUUUCAAAGCAAUCAACUUGCACCUCAUAUGCUCACAACUCAGGGUAAACAAGUACUCCAAGGGCAAGCUGCUCCGUUUCCCGGAUAUACGACGAUCCCAGCGAUACCGACUACGCAGAACCAAACGUUCGUCUUCAGUCCACUGGGCGUGAUCAAUUCGCAGCCUAGCAUUCUGCCCGCACAUUCGCAGCCCACCGUUUCUGGAAUAGGACAGCAGCAGAAACCGGCAGAGAUGCAUAAGGUGAUGAGUGGCGGCAAAGUGACUGGCAGUAAAGUGGGGACCGGCAAUGGAGGCAGCGCGCAGACUGUACCGGUGCAGGCGCAGUGUGUACAAGUUUCCCAGCCAGUGCUCAGUGCUCAACAACCUGCACAAGCCCAAAUCAUUAGCCCACUACAGACUGGCGGUCAGACGAUGCAGUUUGCUCCGUGGCAGAUUUCGGGGGCAUUACCGCAGGUCUGGACAGGCGGGCUGCAGACUGGGACAUUGCCUGCAGGCGGUCUCAUCGCACCCAAUCCUAUCUUCAUAAGGGGCACGCAGCCCGAUGCUCAACCUUCCAUGUUCAUCCAGCAUUCUCCUCAGAACAAUCUUCAGCAUAACAGUGCCAGUGUGGCAUGUGCUACGGGCACGGUUACGAAGCCUAGAGCUUCCACAGAUGGAAUGGCGAAGCCACCCCGGCCGCUUUCUAACAUUCUACCCUCCGGUGGGAUAAGGCCAGCUUCUUCUGUUUCUACGCAGACCAGUGCGAACCAAGCUCAAAAUCAGGCGAAACAUCGCGGAAAGCCGGGAGUACGGUCGCCUGCUCCCACAUCAAAACAAGAUGCCGCCAACCAGACCAAUAAAAUGCAGCAUCAGAUGCAGCAACCUAAACAACAAUUGUUGGUGAUGAAUGCAUCGGGGCAGAUGAUCACAAGUGUUCAGGAUAAGCAGCCUAUUAACAAGAGUUUACAACAACAGGCGAUGUUGCAGCAACAGGCUAUGCAGCAACAACAGCAACAGCAGCAACAACAGCAACAACAACAGCAACAGCAACAACAACAACAGCAGCAACAACUGCUACAUCAACAACAACAACAAACACAACAAAUUGUUCAACACUAUCAACAGGGCAUGGCGUUGGGUAUGCAGCAGGGUACACUACCAGUAGGCUCGGUGGCUCAAUCUUUGCCGAUGACUGGUAUGCCGCAGACCAUAUCGAUGGUGCAGCAAAUUCAUCCGCUUGGAGGUAUGGCGCAGCCGGGUACCCUUGUGGGUCAAAUAAAUACUGCACAACAGCCACAAAAUGCGCCCUUAACUCAAGUACAAACAUUACAACAGCAACCGCAGACGCUGGUCGGAAGUGGUUUGGUGCAGACUUCAGUGGGCAUGGCAGUGCAACAACAGUCAACGCUAAACCAUACCACUCCUAUGCAAACUCCGGGGCUCGCGCUCGAGGGUGCUUCGCUGCUGUCGGCGCCCCUCGUACAGGUCUCGCCGGCGAUACUACACCACGAGGUCUCAGCAAAUAACUUAAGCUCGCCGCAGUUGACAUUGCAAGCGGCGCAGGGUACCGUGGGUCUAAUUGCCGCGCCCGUACAAGGAUCCGUGUUGCCACUUCAACCCUCUACAACUUUAGUAGCACACGUCAAGAGCGAUGAUGACAAAGGGCAGCAAAUGCCACCACCUCAGGCACCAGUUGUUCAACAAAUCGCGCCCCAGCCCAUGAUCACACAGGACGCAACCACUGAACCGCCGGCAGCGAGCACACCUUCCUUCAGCACAACUACAUCUCUCACGACGGCGACCACAGUCAGUACAUCUACCACUGUUGACGCCACUAUAUCUACCAGUACAUCCGCUUUCGGUCCGCCCGCACCAGUGGAUUCGUCAAAAGCAAGUCUCACUAAGACGGAAUCCAUGGUGAGUGCACCGAGCGAGGCAACUCCAACAUCGGUGGCGGCCACAGUGCCCACAUCUACGGCGCCAGUACCGAGCAGUGCCCAGCAAACUACGCCGGUCGCACCGCAGGUGGUCACAACUGUAGCCUCAUCGACGUCAUCUUCUGCCACUAUGACAGCUGCUAUUACUGCGCCCGUCUCCUCAGGAGGCACUUCGGCACUAUUCAAGAGCACUCAAUGCACGCCCAGACACAUCAACCAAACAGCCGCGCAUGACAAAGGCCUACCUAAAGCCAUGGUGAAGCCGAAUAUACUGACCCACGUUAUAGAGGGAUACGUGAUACAAGAAGCAAGCGAACCAUUUGCCGUUACUCGUCCUUUACGGGAAUGGUCGGCUGGUGACAAAGAGCAGGAUAAGGAAAAUAAACUACCAUCCGCAGAUGAACCUUCACGAAAGAAGCAAAAGUUAGAUUCGGGUGUAAGUCUACCCCGAAUUAGUUCAAGUGUGGAAGGCAAUGGUGAGUCUGGGAAUCCAGCUGUGAGCGCCGCCAAUGCAGAACCAGCUGAUACCGCUACUGAUGGAGACUCCGCCUCGCAGCCGAAGAUACCCAACGUAAAUAAGUGGACGGUGGCAGAGGUGUGCGACUUCAUCCGCAGCAUUCCCGGCUGCGCCGGUUACGCAGACGAGUUCCUGAUGCAGGAAGUGGAUGGAGAGGCAUUAUUGUUAAUCAAACCUGAGCAUUUAGUGAUGGCCCUCGCGAUGAAGCUCGGGCCGGCGCUCAAGAUCGUUGCUUGCAUAGACUCACUUCGACCAGAGAGCGAGCAGAUGACUCAUGACCAUGACUGAGAGUUACUAUAAGAAUAUCCAUUUAAGAGGGGCGAAGAUAACAAAUGGGAAAUUAACCUUACUUCAGUGUUCACAUACUUAUAAUUUAUAUGUAAAUAAUAUUACAUAUUACAGUAGAGUAAUAUUAUAAUUUUUUAGACAUUAAGUACUAUAAAUGUAUAGAUUAUUUACUAUAAUUCCUAAUCAUACAUUAGGAAAUAUUGAAAGUUAAGAAAUCUUUCAGUAAACGGAUUUAAGUUAACAACUAUUCUGUUAGUCUUUAUUUUGGCAGACUUCACUCUUAUCAUUGUUGCAGUAGAAAGCAGAAUUAUGAGACUUUCUAAAGUAUAAUUAGAUUUGAUAAUAUUUAAAGGUUUGAUUAACCAUAUGAGUGCACACGUUUUAAAAUGUAAUUUCUAUAUUUAUUAAGGCUUAACAUUUUUUAUUAUGACAAUACUAACAUUUGCGUUUUGUCCCUAAUAAAUGUAUGUCAAUUGCUAUUUUAAAAUAGUGAACGAAAUAUCAAACUGCUAUGAUUUAUAAUUAAUCAAUCACUUAUUCGUUAAUACUUAAUUUUAGAAUAUUAUACUCUAUAUAGAUGUUACGAUAAUUGUAAAAUUACACUAUUGUACCAUUAUAUUAACAUUCGUCUUUUCGUCAGAGUGGGUUCACACAACAGCACAUAAAAUAGGUAAUAUAUUUGAGGUAUCAUCGCAUUCGUUCAAUAGUAUAAAUUCACUAAUUUGUUUUAUAAUUUCAAAAUUACCUAUUUGUUGUGCUUGGUAACAGCAAUUUAUAAUUGGCAUCAAAAUCAUUAAAGCGAAAUCCAUGAUCUGAAUAUUUAUAAAUCAAAUUAUUAUUAAAUAAAAAAAAAAUCCGUUGUGUUAUACAUUUAUGAUUAAAUUGCGCCGUCUCAAUAAUUUAGGUUCAAUAUAUAUAUAUAUAUAUAUAUAUAUAUAUAUAUAUAUAUAUAUAUAUAUAUAUAUAUAUAUAUAUAUAUGCGCAAAUUUAAUACAUUUCAUAAUGCGUAGCUGUUGUGCCAACACACCUGUACAACACUUAGGACAUAUGUCGAAAGUGCCGCCUACUUAGUAUUAAGCUCUAUUGUUACACACCUCUAGCUUCUAAGUGUAUGUGUGUGUGUGUGAUAGAAAUCUUCUUUAUUUCUAUCCAAAUAUGAUUUUACGUUGGGUCAGAUUAUGAAGCGCCUUUUUUAUGAAAAUCGCAUUGAAUGAAUUGUAUUGAACAUAAUCACAAAAUUAACAAUUCGGCCCAGCAGAGGAAACCACCACUCCUAAAGUGAUUAUAAAUUGAUGGUGUCGCUUCAGCACAUGUCUGUGGAAAACAACCCAUAAAUUUUAAAGUUAAGUAUGUUUUACUAUAGGUAACGCCUUCCGGUAUGAGAUUAUUAAAAUUAUUUUUGCAUAUUUUGUAGCCUUAGAUUAUAUAGAUAGAGCAUCGAAUGUCAAAAACGGGUCAAAAUUUAAUCUGCUAAUAAAUGACACAUAUGUUUUUAAAUCAAAAUAAAACGUCGUAGACAGAGUAUGCCAUAGAAGUGCUAUGAGCGUAUACAACAUGAAAUAGCAAUAGAAUGGCGUCAUUUUUCUGGUGUUACCAGACACUAGAUAAUAUGCUCCUUAAAAGAUAUAAAAAUGGGGAUACAAUCCCCCAUUUUUUGCAAUUUCACAUACCUAAAGUAAUCACUUCUUUUAAAGUCCUCUCAUAUCUAUCUCAAACUAACGACUAAUACUUUUCUGUAGAAAUUGAAAUUGAUAAACAGUUGUAGCAUUUUAACGCUUUGUACAAUUCAGAUACCACAAAACCAGCAAUAUACCAGCAAUAUAGCAAUAUAGUAAACAAGAUUUGUCAAGAAAAUUAGGUUAAGUAGUGGUGUAUUUUGUUGGCUUGGUAUCUAUUAUCAAAUUUUAUAGUCACGUCAUAGUCAAUUUAAUAAAAUUAAUGCUGUCUUAUUUUAAAACGAAUAUAUUAUGUCUUACUUACUUGUACAUUUUCUUGUCAGACUAUAAACUCUGACAACUCAGAAUAUAACUUGUAGCUUGUUUCCAUUAUUUACAAAAUAUAUAACAAUUUCAGCACACUUUCAAUACUAUUGUAUUAAAAAUACAAAGGAUUUAAAAUUGAAUAUUCACUAGCUUAUAACAGCUAAAUUUGACUUUUGAUUGCCAACUUAUUGCCGACCAACUAAAAUAAAAGCGAUCUAGCUCACAUUUCCGCGUUUUUCUUAUAAUAGUGUCGCGUUCUAAUUAUUGCGUUUCAUAUCUGUUAGGAGCGCAGAUACAAAACGCGCUUUUUUCAGUAUUGCAAGUAAUUAGAUUACAAAUUACCCACACCAAGUCAAUUUUUGAAUUUGAAUUGGGAACAAUUUUUUCUGAUUUAGUAUAAAUAUGUACAUAUUAAUAAAAAAUUAAUAUACAUGUAUUGACUAAAGUGAUGACUAUUUUCAAUUACUUAAAAACGAAAAUAUCUUUUAUGUUUAUAUUCAAAUAUUAAUCAAAGUAAUCAAUAAAAAUAAGCAUCAUUGCAAAUCAUUGUGUACUCACUGUUUAUCUUGUUCUUUUAAAUAUAUUCGUAAGAAUUUUGAUCGUUUUUAUUUUUCAAUUUUACCUUACAAUAUAGUUUUACCCAUUUACUGAUUAAUAAAUAUACAUUCUGGUAACACUAUUCUCGAAGCGGGAAAGGGAUUUUUAGUAAUCGGGUCUUACAGCCUGAUAGGGUAUAUUGCUAGCAAUAUACGCAUUCAUUUACACCCAUUAAAAAAAGUUGUAUUCACGUACACAUGGAUAUAAAAGUUAACCUGUUUUUUUUUCGAAUCAUUUAUAUGCAGACACUAUCUAUAUAAUCUAAGUUUUAUUGAAAAUCAUGCUCCAUGUGCAUACAGCAUAUGCAACAUGAAUUUCAUUAAAAGAAUUUUGAUUGGCUGGCUUAAAGACUGACGUCAAAUAAGACGUAUCUUAGACAAAUCAGGUUGGGUUACAGUGUGUGUUACGGCUUGUGGAGUUACAGUGAUAUGGAUACUUUUUUUUAAACAUUACAAAUAAGUAUGAGACAUACAUUGUUUCGUAGCUAAUAAUGUAAUUAUACUUACUCGUAAUGUAGGUAUAUUCAUAUAUCUCGUUUUGUAGUACUACACGCUGAAUUAUAUUGAAACAAUAUUCAAUAGUUAUAUAUAUUUCGUAUACAUUUUUCAUAUGUACAUACAUACAAUUAUACAAAUGUAUAAGAAAAAUAACUUACUAAAUAUUUUAUUAUGAAAAUACUUAUUUAAUGUGAUAAAUUGAUAACGUAUCGCACCUGUAUUUUUUUAUGUUAUCAUAAUUGAUAAAUUUCCAGAGUCGCACACUCUUAUUUAUAUCAUAAGUAUUUAUGCAGGUUCAUUAACGGAUUAUUCCAAAUGAGUAUGAUCAUUAUUGUAUGGUUUAAAUAUGUGAAUUGAAAUAUACGCUUCUGAAAUCCAUCUCACACGCACGCACGCACGCACGCACGCACGCACGUAUGAGUAUGCGUAGUUUUGAACUACGGAAAGCGUAGUUGAUAUUUUGAUAAUAAUCUCAACUAGUGAAAAUAUUUCUAAUAUAGAAAUGGCUAAAAUUUAUAUUUUAAGUUUAAUAUAUAAAUAAUAAACGCAUUGCCAUAUAUUAUACGGCAAGGGAAUCUAAAAUGCCCAUAUUUUGAGACACUUAUAAUGAUAUUUGAAAUACAUCUAGUUAAAUUUUCUGUACGAAAAUGAGUUUUUUGUUAUGAAAUAUAUAAUUACAGCAUUGUUAGAAGCAAUAAUGAUUCUAACAAUAAAUAAUUAUCCUAAAUUCCUAUUGAAAAGUCGUAAUGCGGAUAUUUAGUUGAAUAAAAUUGUAAAUAUAUAUGUUUAUUUUUACCAUCCAUCGUGUUCAUUUUGUAUUCCAUCGAAUCGCAUGUAUCGAUUCAGCGUCAUGUAGAAGAUGCGCUUGUAAUAUACUUGUACCGUUGAUAUGUGUACGCGUCAGGUAACUCUCCGGUGAACUAUCUAAAGCGAUUUAUCUUCUGACCCUAUUUAGUAUUAAUAAGAACUACUUGAAACAUGGAAACAUAAUGUUAGUAAUAUUUUUUACAGAGAGGUUUUUUUUUUUUUUUAAUUUUGGUAAUACACAAAGAUAUUUACUAUUAUUUUAGCUAGUGAUAAAAUUAUUGAUGCAUAGAAAUUAACUAAAGGCGGGCUAAAAUUGUAAACCCAACAGUUAACCACCAACAUCUUGUAAUUAACAGUUAUAAUAUGCAUUAUAAUUUUUUUCUAACUUACAAAUAUUCUUUCUAUGUUAAUAUAUAAUUAUGGUACUUUUUGGUCUCAUUGUACUUAAAAUAAAUUCAAUAUUAUAUGUAUGUAAUAAAUAGAAAUGUUAUGAACAUACUAUAUUUGUAGUUUUCGAUAAUUGUUUCGACUUCAUCUGGAAGUCUCUUGCAGGCUGAGUACAGUGCUUUACAUCGCAUCGUCUCGCCUUGCAUACAAUAUUAAUAAAAACGGAUAUAAACAGAUAUCAUUAACAAAAUGUGUUUUAAAAAUAGAUUUCGAAUUUCUUAUUGUGAUUUUAGGAAAAGCAAUAAUGAAACGCGACUAAUUUAAAACCUCUCUAAAAAUAUCAUUUAUAAAUGCUACUCAUUUAACUAUCAUUUAUUUGUUAAAUAACUUUUAUGAUAGUCUGUAAAUAUUAUAUUUAAUAUUGUUAAAAAUGUAUCGAUGUUUCUUCGAAAUAACAUUUUCAUUAUAAUCUGAUAUUUGCGUGCAAUGUUAAUUAAUUAUUCGAGAAUGUUUUAAAUUUCAUCUGGAUUAAUUAAGGAUCAAUACUUAAAGAGCGUGUUAGCGUUUAUGAUGGAUGUAUUAGCGAUAUUUAUGUUCAUCAAUUUGAGCAUUGGACUAAAAAUAAUCCAUGGUGCUAAUUCUUUUUGCCAUUUCAUUUAUUUUAUUUUCUUUAAUUUUAGGUCUAUAUAUAUCAUAUAUGUGUGAUGUGUUAUUAUUAAUCGGUUAUAAAACUCAGAAAUAAUUGAUAAAAACACAAUCGUCCUAAAUUUAGGAAUCGGUAAUUUUUCUAGAAGAAUUUUCUAUGUGACAUUAACCUUUUAUACAUCUCAAACGUUGUAAAUAUUAGGCAAUUGGAUUUAAUACGUAUUAAGGUUGUUAAUAAAUUAGAUACCAAAAACAGGUCAGUAAGGAUAUCAUACUGUAUGUAUGUUCGGGGAAUUUAAAGCUAUUUUAAGUAUCUAGAACUCUUUUUUAAUCACCAACAUACAAUUUGUUUAGAUAGCUAUUAGGCUUUAGGACGAUAUUUUGAAACUUUAAAUAUUUUUAAAUUCCCUAUUUGUUUGAGGCUCGUACCUCGUGUCGUGUCGUUUUAAUGACCAACGCUAAUAAUUUCGAAUCUAUAAUAUUAUAUGUAAUUGCGUUAUUGUUAUUAGUAUAAAUUUGCUAUUUCUAGAAUUGAAUGUUUCAUUGCAUUUGUAACUUUUGUUUACUUAAUAAAAUUUCUUUCUUCCAUUAAUACCCAAUGGAACAUUCUACGAGCGUAACGUUAGUACAUAUAUUAUUACAUAAUUUUAAGUUUUAUAUAGUAAUUUGAGCUAAUGUAACAUUAAAUUGUGCGUUUUGGACAUUUGCGUAAUACUUGCACUGCCAUGCGAUUCACUGAACUAUGUAGUCCCAACUGUCAUAACUCUGUGUAAAGUUUCAUAAAAAUUGCAGAAAAAUAUUAGCAUAGACUGUAUUUCAUAAUUUAUAAUAUUGUUUAUGACGCUGUUUGGCAUCAUCAAUAAUAAUUUAAUAAUAAUCAGCACUUGCGACUACACAGUUUAUUGAAAUUUUUAUAUUGUGUCCAACACAAUUUGCUCAACUGAAUUUAUAUGCUAAUUUUUAACUGUUCAACAAAAUUAAAAAUAAAUAAAACGAACGAGACUGAUA